ACAGCAUUAAUGGUGGCUGUAGAGAGAGAGGACAUUGAGACCCUUAAAGUACUCUUCGAGGUUGGCAUUGACCCAAAUGAUUCAAGUUCUUCUUGCAAUGGCUCUACAGCCCUGACACUGGCCAUUCAGAAGGACCUCACAUUGUCUGUAAAAGAACGUGUACGGAUGGGGGCACAUUUCACUUGUGAGAAAGGAAUCGAAGCAUUAGAACUGGCUGUGUCAAAAUGUUUCUUCCAAGACCUCAUCUUAGGUGAGAAUAAACUUUUUUCAGAUUAUGAACCAAAAGAGCCUUUUAAAACUGCAAUUGUUGUCGAAUUCAAGAGUGGCAGGCAGUCACUUUUGACAAAGUUGAUCAAUUGUGGAUUGUCACUGGAGAGAACGCUGCUUCUUGAUUCAACUUCAAACCAACCCGAUUUGGUCCGACUUCUUUUAGACAGUGGAAUAGAUGUAAAUGCUGCCUAUCCAAGCCUGGACACUGCUCUUCAUAAAUCUUCUCAAAAUAAUAACAUUGAAUCAAUUAAAUUACUUGUUGGAGCAAAUUCCAACAUUAAUGCUGUAAACAAAGAUAGCCAAACAGCACUGCACAAAGCAGUGUGUGUUGUUUAUUCAGAGAGAUCUCAUGAACCAGACCUUAAAAUGGAAAAAAGAAAUUUGGAAAUCAUUCAGUUUCUUAUUGAAAACAAGGCUAACAUUGAUGCUGAGGACCAGCUUGGCGACACAGUGCUGCACAAGGCAGUGCAGUAUGACAAAGCUGAAACAAUCAAGUUACUCAUUGAAGCCAAAGCAGAUGCUAACUCUAUCAACAAGAGUGGUGAGACAGCGCUUCACAAAGCAGUGGAUGCAGGUAAUACUGAGAUUGUAAAGCUACUCAUUGGAAUAGGCUCAAAUAUAAACGCCACCAAUGUAGAUGGUGACACAGUUCUGCAUAAAGCGGCGCGCAGAAACAACAUCAACGUAAUUGAGCUUCUCGUAAAUGCCAAAAUAAAUAUUGAAGCUGUGAACAAAAAUGGAGAAACAGCCUUACUCGCAGCAUCUGCAGAAAGGUGUUCUGCUCCUUUCAACAGGAAUUGUACAGAUAUCAUUAACUUAGAACUUGAAUUUGGAACUAAAGAAAUAAUAAAAAGCGCUGGAUAUGGCCAAUGUGCCAUUGUCCAAUAUCUGAUCGAAGCAGGUGGAGAUGUUAACCUUGAAGAUAGAUAUGGGAAUACACCACUUUCAAUAGCUGUAAACAAUGAUAAUCUAAUGUUAGCACACAUUCUGAUUAAGGCCAAAGCUGAUGUCAACAAAAUGUACUUUAUAAGAAAAACAGAAGCUUUCCAUCAACUUCUGCUCAACAGAUCUCCCAAGACCAUGUCAUGGAAAGUUAUUCUCCUGUUUAUGCUACUGACUAUAGCAGUCUUUCACCUAGCACAGACCAAGACUUAAUGCCUUCACAUACACCAGAUCAAAGUCUGCUCUGGAUGACACCAUCUAGAAAAUGUCCUCUCACUGAGAUGGCCAAACUGUUGAUUCAUCAUGGGGCAGAUGUCAAUAUUCCCAAUGAAGACAACACAACUUUUCUGAUGCUGGCAGUUGAUCAGCUUGAUGUCAAGUGGGUUGAGACUGUCAUAGCGGCCGGUGCUGAUGUAGAUGCCACAGGCAACAGUGUGUUGAUCUGGGCUUUGAGGCUUGCCAUCCAAGAAAGCAAGAAUCAUAAACAUUUAACCAGCUUGGGAAAUAACUACUGCACUUAUUACACUCACACAAAUUUUGCACAUGCUGUUGAAAGAUCCCACAAAAUUCUACAGCUUCUUCUAAAGGCUGGGUCCUCUGUCAAUUCUCAAAACUCUCCAAAUCCGAUGGUGUUGGCUGUGAAUAGUUGCCAUAAAGACUAUGUAAAACUGUUACUUGAACGUGGGGAAAAUGUCAACGCCCAAGAUGAUGAGUUAAACAUUUUGAUCAUAGUGGCGUUAAGAAAUAAUUCUUUGGAUAUUGUUAAAAUCCUCUUGGCAUCUGGUGCUGAUGUCAUUAAUUUUACAAAUAAGUUUGGUGACAUGACCUUACAUUUUGCUGCAAAAUGUAAAAAAUGA